AGUUCUUCACUUGCCUCCAAACCGAAUGGUACCACUGUGUGCUGUGGCUUUGUGCGUGUGCCCUCUCGUAAGUUCCGUGACUAACCAAGUUUCGGUGAAAGGUUUUUGGGUGCUUUUUCUAUGCGGAGGUACGGAUGAACACAAGUGCUUCAGUACGCACCAGUGACACCCAAAAGAAUUCCUCACGAGUGAGACAUAGACAAGAGGACUCUGGGAGAAAGUGCGCACUCAGGGAGAGAAAAAGCAGUGGGCUUGUAAUUCGCGUGAAGAAGCUCUGUUGCCGCGCAUGAAUAACAUCCUGGCCUGGUUGAUGAGCAACACUGUGUAAAAUAUUAAUUUUUAUGCUAAUUUCUCAAUGUAAGAGGACACCCCUCAUCGCUAGGCAGCGGCCAGAUAAGCAUGGGGCUGUAAUGGGAACACUGGGGCCCCAUCAGUGAAAAGUUAUAAUUGUGAAUUAAUGUGGCUGAAAAUGUUUAUUCACUGCCAGUUUAAAUUAAUUACCGGGAAAAAGUGACGAUCAGUGUGGUAGAUGAGUUACUAGGCGGGUCCGAGAGUGUGGGUGUUGCCAAAGGGAGACAAUAGACAUCUCAACGGGGGUGAUUUUCGAGUCAUAAAGCAAGACCAUUUGAGGAGUUGUCUUGGGGAGGAGAGAUUGCCCUAUCCUGAAGAUACACGCUGUCUAACGUGAGGAACGUGCAGCCAGAAACAAUGACAUCAACGACAGAGGAUCCAUUUGAAGUGUGGAAAAACGGAUCCACCCUACCCCCACCAGAUGUCCCAGAUUUGUAUGAGACAGAGAAGAUUGUGUCACGCGUGGUACCGGUCUUCUUUGGGGUCAUCGGCAUUACUGGCCUUCUGGGCAAUAUACUCGUUGUACUCGUUGUGGUUUCCAAUCCCGGAAUGCGUUCCACCACCAAUCUCCUCAUCAUCAAUCUCGCUGUGGCAGAUUUGCUCUUUGUCAUCUUCUGUGUCCCAUUUACAGCCACCGAUUAUAUGCUGGCCACGUGGCCAUUCGGGGAUGCAUGGUGCAAAGUUGUGCAGUAUUUGAUAGUGGUAACAGCCCAUGCCAGCAUCUACACCCUCGUCCUCAUGAGCCUCGAUCGCUUCCUGGCAGUGGUGCAUCCCAUCGCCAGUAUGGUGAUUCGCACCGAGAAGAACACCGGAAUGGCAAUCACUGUUCUGUGGUUCCUCAUCUUAGGCACCGCAAUUCCUGUUCUCUUCGUGCAUGGCGUACACGAAUAUCGGCACGAUGAUAGGAAUUUUACUUCGUGUAAAUUUUUGGAUGACGGUGGAUUCUCUUGGCCAGCCUUCCAUAUAGCAUUUUUCUCCAGUUCGUAUGUAGUUCCAUUAGUACUAAUAAGCGGUUUGUAUUUACGGAUGUUAUUGCGUUUGUGGCGAAAUGGCGUAGGAGGAAGGAUAUCCGCUGAGUCUCAACGAGGACGUAAACGUGUAACAAGAAUGGUUGUGAUAGUUGUAGCUGCGUUUGCAUCUUUAUGGUUUCCCAUACAGGUGAUACUAGUUCUUAAAAGCAUUGGACUGUACAACGCAGAUACGGAUUUAAAAAUAUCUCUUCAAAUUGCCGCUCAUGUGCUAGCAUAUAUAAGUUCCUGUAUCAAUCCUGUGCUAUAUGCAUUUCUCUCUGAGAAUUUCCGAAAAGCAUUUCGAAAGAUUAUGUACUGUGGACCAAUGGUAAGAUCAGGCACCACUCGACAUCAUCAUAUUCCCCUGCCAACGCGAACUACAAGAACCGGCAGCAUUCCAGACACCGUCUAGAAUUAGAAUGUUAUAAGGAAAUCCCUAAAAAUGUACAUUUCAUGUUGCUUUUGAAAAUCAACAUGGUCUUUUUUACGUUACGUCAAAUAACAAUAUUUCAUUAAUAAUUCAGAGGAGAAUAAAAAGGGACAAAAAACGAAUUAAAUAAAUAAUGAAACACUCUAGAAAAUUACGGAAAUUCAUCCACAAAAAUAUCAUGAAAAUAUUACUAAUAUUAGCGUUGGAAAUAUUUGUUAUGUUUAAAAAUAAAUAAAUAAAAAAAGAAGUUGAUUAGAUUAUAUUUUUAUUAAUAGAACAAAAAAAGAUAUGUGAAUAUAAAUUUUUACAAUUGUACGGAAAAGAAAAUAUUGUACAGAAUCAAAUUUAGAAGACAUAAGUGGCACUCGAAAAAUAAAUUCCCAAGAAUAGCCUACAUUUUAUAUUUGCAAUUUUAUUUUUUUUUUCAACAAAGUUGCUCCUAUCAAAGGCAAAUGGAACAAAGAUGGAAAAAGCUUUGUGGAAAAUUUUCCAUUAUACAUUCAAACUGCACCAGGCUAUGAGUUUCCUCUGCAAUUUUUUGAGGAAAAAAAAAUAGAGUUAGAAAGUUCUAAAACCACUCACUACCCCAGUCUAUUCCAAACAUGAAGUAUUUUUCACACCGUGCUAACUUUAAAUUUCUUUCUCAAUCACCAUACGCUACAUUUUCAUCAUCAGUUUCAUAUUUUCGUUGUAGGAUGUGCGGAAAAAACGCAGACUAAUUCGGCAGAUCAAAUGAUUAUUUAUGAGUGCUGAAGAUAUUGCUCAUAACUUAAUGCUUAAUCAUUUAACUGUUGAUGGAAAAUUUGUACUUUUAAAGAUCUACCAUUUUUUUGUACAAAUUUUCUUCCAAAUUCUUUUCCCUAAAAUUGCAUUCAGUCUUGAGAACACUAAUUGAGAACAGUUUUCAGCGCCACUCGUGGGAGAAAGCUCAAUGAAUUCUCGAAAAUUUUGAUUACUUUCAUUUCACAUUCAGAAUAAACUUGAAUGAAUCUACUUUUC